GUUACAGCGCAUGCGCAAACAAGUUGAGCUCAGCGAGUCAACGGUCGAAGUUGGAAGCAAUACUGUUUGUAAAGCCGAAUAUUUUAAAGGAAAGAAAUGGAGUCUGUCCUGCCGCUCUCUUCUCUACGCCUGCUGGUUCCUCCUCUGCGUCUCACUUCCGCACUCAUGUGGCAAGUUGUUCAGGAUCAGAAUGUGGAGCAGUUUGGAAAACUGGAGGAAUUUGUGUCUGUGAUGACAAACCUGAUGCCAGAACUGUUGAGUAAACGGCAGAGGGCAACUCUGAUAGUAGGGCUGCGAGCAAAGAUGAUUCUUGAGAUGUGUCGAGGUGAACUUCCAGUAGACGUUCAGACUGUCAAAUCACACAUUCACCGCCUUCAGACCACUGAUUUAUUAAAGGUGAGUGAUUCAGACAUGGAGAGUUUACAGGACAGUGUACUUCAGCUUGUCUUGAGCUUGCUGGAAGACUCCUUCAAAAGACAACACUUCUUUCAGUUCUUCCAUCAAUAGUGGAGGAUCGAAUCGUGUCCUCAUUGUUGCUGCCUCCUCUUGGUGACUUAGCCAUUAUAAACCAGCACAGCGAUGAUGACAAGUUACAGCUGCUUGUUGAUUCUGAAAACCUGCCAAUCCCGGAACCCAGUGUGGUCAAGCAGACUGAGACAGAAGAUCAAAAUGUCCAGGAUGUGGAUUGCAGCUCCAAUGACUCAUCAGAAAGAGAUAGUGAUGGAGAAAAAGACAUUAAUGUAGAUGAACUGCAACAAAGGCCUUUAUUAACACCCUGGAGCAGUAUGGAUUACUUUUAUGAUGGAUGGAUGUGCUUUUUUGGGCUUCAAAAUCUAAGGUACCAUUCACUCUCAUUAUAAAGCUUGGAAGAGCCAGGAUAUUUUUUAAUAUAACUCAGAUUGUGUUUGGCUGAAAGAAGAAAGUCAUAUACACUUAGGAUGGCUUGAGGGUGAGUAAAGUAUGAGAUAAUUUUCAUUUUUGGGUGAACUAACACUUUAAGGCCCAAACAUACUUCACGCAAGUAUGCAGAUGCACCUUGCUACGCAAUCUCAAUUUCACGCGUCAUUGCAUUGUGAAAUGUGUCAGUGUUCAAUUCAUAACCCAACACAAGUACGCACUGCAUUCUCUGCAUUGCCGCAAGGGGUGCAAGAAUGGAUUUUCUGUUUUCAGUCAACAACUGUCAUUGGCGGAGCAGCAAUUUGAGGAGAGUCUUGCUGAUCAAGUUAUACAAACAUAUUUAAGACCCCUCGUCCCCUCUCCAUUCAAAUAAAACAGCGAUUGAAAUUGCUUGGCAAGAAAUUGCAGCUUCCCUAAAUUCUUAUAACGACACUGUAAAGAGAAAAUUUAAACAACUACAGCACCGAUUUUUUCCGAGCUAGGAAGAAAUGGAAAGGCAUCCGCAGAGGAGAUGCCACAACUAGCUAUGGAUAUCCAUGCGUUGGCCAAGCACUUGCAUCUGUGUUUGCGUACUUGUGUGAAGUAUGUUUUGGCCUUUUAGUUUUUUUCCCCUCUCUGAACAAUGCCAUUUUCUAAUAUAUUUUAGAUGAUUCUACGGAGCCCAUGCAAUUACACCACGGACCACUAGGGGUCAGCGGACCCCCAGCUGAGAAACCCUGCCUGAGAGUGACAGCUAAUUUCUCAAAGCAAUCACUGGAACGGUUAACAUAUCUGUUCUUAAGUCUACUAUACAGAAAACAUUAAACAGGCAGGACUAGGGAUGCACCAAUACCACUUUUUCUCUUCCGAUCUGAUUCUGAUACCUUAAAUCUCAGCAUUGGCCAGUACCGAUCCUUAUCCAUUACCAGUGUUGUUGUUUUUUUUUUUGUUUUUUUCAUAAUCAGUUUACAAUAUCUAUACCUCACUCUGUGAUACUAACUGGGGGUAGUCUUUUACAUGUAAAGAAACACAAACCUUUAACUACACAUUAUUUCAAUAUAAAUGAAUAGCCUAUUAAGCAAAACUUUAUUGUUAACUAGUCUACUGGAUACUGUAGCAGCAAAAUUAACAGAAAUUCCAGUGAAAGUCUUCAGUAGAAAAGAAGCCAGUUUUCUUUGCACUUUUUUUUUUUUCAACUUGUAUCUGGACAUUAAAGGAUUCAGAUCUCUUUUUUUCUUCACUUACUUGUAAUAUAUCAGUCCACUUUUUAUUCACAUUCACACAGUUAUUUUUUGGAACCCAGUAAACUUAAAUAUUGUUGUAAUUUGUAAACAAAUAAUAAUGAUAAUAAUAAAUUAUUAUUAUUGACUUUUAGAAUUUUAUAAAACAAUAGUAAUAUAUUUCAAUCAUGCAUAGGGUUGAGAAUCAUAAGGAAUUUUACGAUUCCAAUUCCUCUUAACGAUUCCAGUUCCUUAACGGUUCCAGUAACGAAUCCAGUAAUUCUUUUAGUACUUUUUUUUAAUUUAUUUUUUUAUAAUUAUUUGGAAAUGAGAAAUGCAAUUCUUAUACUGCAUUUACUACCCUCUGCUGUCUGUUACCAAAUAAUGAGAUCAUUUCAGAUUCCUACAGAGCAGAUAUAACAAAUCAGAAAUAAGUUUAAUACAGUUCAUGUAAAAGGUGUGUUUGCAGACUUUUUAGAUACAUAAAUUAUAUCAUAACUGUUUUAAAUAAACAAAUCUAAACCAACAAGAAAUGUGAUGGCAUAUUUCAUUAAUACAUUUAUUAUUUUAUAAAAUUCCACUUAUUACAACAAAACUUGUGUAUCUUUAAUUAUACACUGUCAUAUGUACAACCAGUCAGUAACUGCCCUGGGCUGCGUUUCCCAAAAGCAUCGUAAGCCUAAGUAGAUCAUAGAAACCAUUGGUGCCAAUGGUCUCUACAAUCAACUUAAGUUUGUGAUGCUUUUGGGAAAUGCAGCUCUGCUUGAUUUAACAGAGACACAGGUCAUCAUUAAAUAAACAGUAAGAGUUCCAGAGACAGUUUAGACUGUCAUGUAGCCUAAUGUUAUACUUCAGGCUUGUGAGACUUCAACAGUUCUUAUUUAAUUUUUUUGUUGGACAUUCAUAACUUAAACAUCAAUAUAAGAUUACUUGUAUACUGGUCUAUAAAUGGAAUUGCUGUAUGUUUCGCACUGUAGAUUCAAAAGAACCGACUCAUUAGAAUGGUUCUUUCAGGAUCUGACUAUACUGGAAGCACCGUAUGUUUUGCGCUGUAGAUUAAAAAAAACCCAGCUCCUUUGAAUAAUUGUUGUGAUUAAUAGGUCCCAGACACAGGAGUAAAAUAUAACAAUGUUUAAUGAAUGAGAAGUUCAGGUAACUGAUGAAAAUAUGUAGUAGCACAACAACAGAUCAGUCCAGAGAUGAGGUGGGUGAAGAUGAUAGUGGAGGACUCUGACGGCGAUAGCUGCAGCAGGGAGAGAGUAGAGAUAAUAUAUUCCAAGGAGUGGUGUGAGAUGGCGGCGACUGGAGCAAAGAGAAACAGGAGAUUAUAAUGCCUGGAGCACAGGAAAAAUAGGCAAAAAUAUCCAGACUAGAAAAAUACAAAAGAAUAGCGUGAGAAACAUGAGUAACAAAGCACACAACACGAGAACGAUCCGAUACUGAACUCACACAAAAGGACUGCUUAUAAAGGGAAGAGCAAAUAGUGUGCAGAUGCCGAGCUAAUCAAGCAGCAGCUGGGAAUAAGCGUUGCUGAGCAACGGAGUGAUUAAUCCCGUGCCUGCAACAACACGAGGGAGACACACAGAAACAAACCGACAGAAUGAAUCCUCCCAUGACAAAUUCUUUUUGGAAUCUAACUAUACUGGAAGCAUGUAUGUUUCAUCCUGUAGAUCCAAAAGAGCCGGCACUGGUAGAGCUGUGUGUUUUAUGCUGUAGAGACAGUAGAGGUCAGCGCUGCUGCAGAGAUGUGCUGCUGGAAACACUGUCAGAGUAUUUCAGAAUGGUGUUCCAGCCACAUUGGCGGAAAAUUGCACGCUGGAGAACCGUUAACGGAAUCGAAAGUCACGAAGAUCAUACGAUUCCAGUAUUUUUUAAAGAAUGGAACCAGUUCUGAACAAGUCAUGCACCUUUGACUUUAAAACCCUUUUAUUUUGACAGUUGGAAUAUUCCAGGAAGUCCUGUAAGUGUCUAUAUGUAGGUUAGUUCACGUCUGGUGAAAUGCUCCUCUGGAGCUGUUCCAAGUGCGUUAUUUAACAAACUAUUGAGCAUCUACAUCUGAGAUUUUGUUUGUGUGAAGUGCUCAUUGUGCAUUGCUCUGAGGGCUUAAAUAGAAAAUAGCUGAAAGGAAGAAUGGUCCAGAAUUCCUUCUGAACGCUGUGCAGAUCUAAUCCGCAGCUACCGGACACGCUUGGUUGAGUUUAUUGCUGUUAAAGGAGGAUCAACCAGUUAUUAAAUCCAAGGGUUCACUUACUUUUUCCACAGCACUCAAUGUUUAAUGGGAUGUGUUCAAUAAAGACAUGAAAGAUUAUAAUUGUUUGUGUUGUCAGCUUAAGCACAUUUUGUUUUCUCUAUUCUUGUGACUUUGAUGAAGAUGAGAUCACAUUUUUUGCUGCAGUCUUAGUCUUUAUUCAAGCUCAUACACUGAAAACUUCACAAACAUUGAUAAUCAUUUGCAUUGAACGAGAUGACAGAGCCUGUGAAGCGCAUAUUGCAUGUAGACUAUAUAUUUUAUACUCCCAUUAUUUAUGCUUUAACGAUCACACUGUGCCAUGAAGCAAACAGUUUAUCCAUCAGAAGAAUUGAAGCUUCCAUCAAAACCACACGUCAAAAUAAAAGCAGAAUUCAAAGUAAAAGCUAGGCAUCUGAAUUUGAAGAAAUUGCAACGCAAAUAUAUUACAUCUGUAAAGUAAAAUGUAAUGUUCACUGUAGUAAUGUUAAUAAAAAUAAUGAUAUAAUAAUAAUAAUAAUAAUAAUAAUAAUAAUAAAGCAAUAUAUCACAAGCAAGAGUGCAUUUUUAGUGAAUAAAUGUUUGUUAAAAAUACAAUGCCAUGUUAAAGUAUUUGUUCUGUUUUUACUUGUUAAAAGUUUUAGGAAUUAAUUUGAUUAGACACCAUUUUGAUGAUGAAAUUAAAUUAAACUUUAAAACAAGGAACUCAUAAUAUAAAACAGGAAAAAAUAAAACAGAUUUCACUUGGGCCCUGCUUAAAAACACUUAAGCAAUGAAUUGAGAAACACAUAAAGGAAACAUGCAUUUCUUUUAAUGUAUUAUAUACUUUGAAAUGUAACUUUAAAUAGGCUAAAGGAUUGUUCAAUAGCACAUUACCAUAUUAGCAAAUUUUUGCUGUGGUAUCAAAAUUGGUAUCGAGAACCAUGAAAUUUCACCGGUUUCGGUACCAACUACUGAAAUUUUGGUAUUGUGACAACACUUUACUGAACCUAUCUCUGGAAGCUCCAGGUUAACAUCUCUGGAAAAAGCUGCCCCUUUGUCAAAACAAUAACCUAACAAUUGGCAUCUAUCUGUAAGAUAUUAAAGUAUCAAGCAUUUUUCUCUGGAUAAAAGUCCCACUCUCAAAAGAGAGAUGCGAUCAGAACCCGCAACACAGCGCUUUAACAACAGUUGACUGUGGCCUAACCUCAUAACAUAAUUCACUGCUUAUGUAAUUGUAUCCGGACUAUGAAAACACAUUUGCUCCUUUGAAUGUGGGUACUAUCUCAUUCUGGAAUCAGUUUCAAAUAGGUGAUUAUUUUUUGCAUUUUUGGUAACUCGGAAAUUACACAUCUCAAUUUAUUAUUAAUUAAUUGUGCAUCCUUAAGUUUUAUAUGCUAAAUAUGUAAAUAUUUGCAUAUGAGCAUAUGUAAAUAUGUUCUUUAUUCUUUUUACAGUAGUAACUCAGAAGAACCAAGUGUACCCUCAUCAGCCAGCGAUGCCCACGGAGGAGAUUACAUUUUUAAGGCAGCUGUGCCCAUCCAGCACCCCAGUAUAGACACCUUUCUAAAGAUGCCUUCUAAAGGCUUCCACUAUGCUGGCAGGACCAUCCACAAAUGUCAACAGUGUACCAAAUAUUUCAUCUAUCGCUCUGAUCUUCUAAAGCACCAAGAAACUCACACCCCGGCAAAGGCACACAAGUGUCCUCAGUGCGGGCUUGCUUUUGAUAACUCAACUCAACCGGCAUCACACAGCAAAGGCUGUAAGUCCAGAGUUUUUAAAUGCCUCAAGUGUUCAGCCCACUUCACUUCUCUCAAGACCCUGUACAGACACAAUAGAGUACACAAAGAGAAAACCACCCACAAAUGCCCUGAAUGUGGACGGAUUUUCACAAGUCUAUCACAACUGGUCAGUCACCGGCGAACUCACAGAGCUCCUGCCGUUAAAAAGAGCUACGAUUGUAAAGAAUGCGACGAGACGUUUGGGUCAUAUCGAGAUAGUUUAAUCCACCAGAAGAUCCAUAACUCUAAAGAUGCUCAAACAUCUAAACCGGAACGCCAGCCAGGAAAGUGUCGCUUUUGUGACUUAACAUUCAGCGUUGACAGCGAAUUACGUAGCCAUCUCAAAAUUCAUGCGGAAUUCCGGCCAUAUAUAUGUGAUCAGUGUGGAAAGUGCUUUUCCACAAACAGCAGUCUACUCGCCCACCUCUCCAACCACACGGGUGAGAAACCUCUCCUUUGUUCGCAAUGCGGAAAACGUUUUUAUAGCAAGAUCCAAUUGAAAUCGCAUAUGAGAUGUCAUUCGGGUGAACGGCCGCACAUCUGUCCUUACUGCGAGAAGCAGUUUACCUUGUCUGGGAAUUUGAAGAUCCACAUCAGAAUUCACACUGGAGAGAAGCCGUAUGUUUGCCGCCAGUGCGGAAAGGGAUUCGUAUCCACCGGAUGCUUGCAAGUGCAUAUACGCUCUCAUACAGGAGAAAAACCAUAUCAGUGCAAAAUCUGCGGCAAGAAAUUUGUGGUUUCGAGUCACCUGACGGCACAUAUGUGCUUUCACACUGGAGAGCGUCCACACUGCUGCUUACAGUGUGGGAAAAGAUUCAUUCGACGAUAUGACUUGAGCAAACACAUGUACACUCAUAUUGGAAAGAGGCCCUUUCCAUGCCCCCUGUGUCCGAAGGCUUAUACGUGUCGCACACACUUGAAACGACACAUGAAGAGCCAUGGCGUUUGACUUCAGAUAAUUUUGAGUGCUUUGUGUGGAGUGAAACAUCAAUGAUUUCAUCACAUUUUCUCACCCGUAUGUCAUCCAAACCUGAAUGACUUUCUUCCUUGAAAUGCAAAGUGAGAAGUUUAGCAGAAUGUUUCCACUAUUCUUUUCCAUACUGUGAAAAUGAAUGGUGACCAGUGGCUGCCAAGCUCCUCAAAAUUACAAAAAGCUCCAUAAAAGUUGUCCAGAAAACUCAUGCACUAUAUACAGUACAAGUCUUCUGAAGCCAUACAAUUUCUUUAUCAUGAGAAAAGAUCAAAAAUUUUGUCUUGUCCUCUACCACAGUUCUCAAAUUCACAUUCACAAAUAUUCAAAUAUGGCACAUCACCACGUUAAGCUACGUUUAAUGUCAAUGAUGGUGAAUCUCAUAGGUGUCUCAUAAACAACCAUUUGAUCAUCAUGCCAAAUUUGAAUAUCCACAUAUUCAAACCACACAUGAGAUUUGACAGGUAUAGCGGAGGGGAGAAUUUUCAGUGAAUAACAACUUUUCUGUCUCUUUCUCACACCAAGCUAUUGUAUGACUUUAGAAGACUUGAAAUGUACAGUAGCAUAGAAGUCAUAUGAACUACUGUUAUGGUACUUUUGAGGUGCUUUUUUGGAUUUCAUUGGAUUUGGAUUUGUCCUCUGUCCCCGUUCACUUUCAUCGUACGGAAAACAGCAGCAUGAACAUUCAUCCUAACAUUUCUUUUUGUUGUCUAUGGAAGACAGACAUAUGGGUUUGGAACAACAUGAGGGUAAUUGAUGACUGACUUGUCAUUUUUUGGCAAACUAACUUGAACUAGAACAACUUAAACAAGACCUUUGAAAAGCAGUUUGAAUUGUUGAUUUGUAAGAGUCUCCAUCCAUUUUUGUAGAAGUCUAGUUGUAGAGACCCUUAUGCCCUUAUUUUAGAUUUAUAUUUUUCAUUUAAAGUUAGCAUGAGCAUCAUUGUCAUCAGUAAGCAAAUAUGAAUUAAAUGUGCUGAAUAUAUAGUCUCAUACUAAAAAAUAAAUGUGUUGUAAAUGUGUUCCACAUCACUUAACAAGGGAAUUAAAACUCGUAGACGAUUAA